AUGGAGGCUAGACAACCAUAUUUGAAUGAAGAUAUAUGCAAGAAAAGAUUUCAAAGAGGUAAAUUGAAAGACACUGAUAAACCGUUUCAAGUUGUUCUACAAGAGAAAAACGACAAAUGCAAGCAUAAAUCGUUCAAGCGCGUAUUGCUUACCAUCGUUCUCGCGACUCUCAUUGUGAUUACCUACUCAAUUGCCAUUCGUCAACAUGGAUACGUUUCCCACCACAAAUAUAGGCGACAUCUUAUGAACAUAUGGAAACGGUCACGAGGACUGGAUCACACAUAUGCCUCACAUUCAAACAUCGAAUGGGAUGAGAUCUCGAUAGUUGUCAAGAAAAUAGCUGACAAUGAUGGAAUUAUUAAUGGGAUCGGAUUGUUGAACUUCAACGAAAGGGAGAUCUUUGAAUGGAACACGCGGAUUUUCCCAUAUAGCAAAAAUCACAUCGUCUUGCAUCUUGACUCGGCCGAUGAAAACGUGACAUGGGAUUCGUUAUAUCCAGAGUGGAUCGACGAGGAACAAGAGGAUAAAGUUCCAAAAUGCCCGAUUCUACCUCAACUCGACGUUCCUAAAGAAAAGCUUGAGGUGAUCGCAGUCAAGCUUCCUUGUAGAAACCAAGGGAAUUGGUCUAGAGACGUGGCUCGCCUUCAUUUGCAACUUGCAAGUGCCGGUCUAGCCGCUUCGGCUAAAGGGGAUCGAAAGGUGCAUCUGCUCUUCAUUUCCAGUUGCACCCCGAUCCCAAAUCUGUUUCCGUGUAAAGAACUCGUGAUUCGUCGAGGCAAUGCUUGGUUGUACCAACCCAAUUUGAUGGUGUUGAGGGAGAAACUACAGCUUCCUAUUGCAUCUUGUGAACUUUCAUUUCCCUUCAAGCCUCAAGAUGGAGAUUACGUUGGUGAUGCCCGACGAGAAGCGUACGUAACAAUCCUACAUUCGGCUGACGUUUAUGUUUGUGGAGCGAUCACGGCUGCACAAAGCAUUCGGAUGGUAGGGUCUACUAGGGACCUCGUGGUACUUGUUGACGAAACGGUUAGCGACUACCACAGAAGUGGACUUGAGUCCGCAGGAUGGAAGAUUCGAACGAUCCAACGAAUAAGAAACCCUAAAGCCGAAAAUGGCACGUAUAACGAAUGGAACUAUAGCAAGUUUCGGUUAUGGCAGCUAACUGAUUACAAAAAGAUUAUCUUCAUCGACGCUGAUAUGCUUAUCUUUAGAAACAUUGAUUUCCUUUUCCAUAUGCCCGAGAUUUCCGCCACGGGAAACAAUGGGACGCUUUUCAACUCGGGCGUCAUGGUGAUAGAACCGUCAAAUUGCACGUUUCAACUUCUUAUAGAUAAUAUCGAUAAAAUAACAUCAUACAAUGGUGGCGAUCAGGGAUACUUGAAUGAAAUCUUCACAUGGUGGCAUCGAGUUCCGAAACACAUGAAUUUCCUGAAAGAUUUCUGGAUUGGUGAUGACGAGGAAACCAAGACGAAAAAAACACGUCUUUUCGGGGCAAAUCCACCAAUCAUCUACGUACUUCAUUACCUCGGGUUGAAGCCGUGGUUGUGCUUUCGAGACUAUGAUUGUAAUUGGAACGUGGAUAUAUUACGAGAGUUCGCGAGUGACGUGGCACAUAAUAAUUGGUGGAAAGUGCACGACGCAAUGCCAAGUCAAUUGCAACAGUUUUGUCUUUUGUCAUCAGAACGAAAAGCACAACUAGGGUGGGACCGAUAUCAAGCCCGAAAGGCGAAUUUCACGGACGGUCUUUGGAAAGUUAAGAUUCAAGACCCGAGAAAGAACAUUUGCAUCGAAAACUUAUGCCCACGGAAAAUUAACCGGUCUCAUGAUUGGAGUUCCCGUCCUACUCCAUCAGCAACCGCUAGAUCGUUCUGA